AUGUCCAACCAACAGCCCCGCGUAGUCAUUGACCCGCAAUCCCUUCAACGACCGCCGUAUCCGCCCCGGCGCGGUCCACAAGCUGUACGGGAUAUUCGGCAAACGAAGGAAUACAAAGUGGCUGCUCGACGAUGGCUUUCGACGAUCGUGGCGUUGCCGAUUUUGAUGUAUACGUCUUAUGUGCUUUAUGAGAGGACGUAUUUGAAUAAGAGCCAGAAGCAUCUGGGUCGGCCGGCGCGGGAGGAGGGGAAGGAUGGGAGUGCCUGA